GGACGAUGUUUGUAGAUGAAGCAAAUUAACUCCUUUGUCUAAGAGUUCAAUACCGUAUACUUUCUCUAUGAGAUUGAAAUACAUCAUCAUUAUCUUAAAAAGGUGGUUUUGAUUACUUCUCUCUCUCUCUCUCUCUCUCUCUCUUUUCUAUUUUUUUCAUCCUAGCUUGGCUUGGUUACCUCUUAGAAUGGUUAACAUUGUAGGGUAUGCUUUUGCAAACUUUUUUGACUCUCGGCCACUUUAUUUCAAGAGCGUGGUCUGGACUCUGGAGAAACAAAAUAUUGAAAAACAAAGAUAGGCAAGGAAGAAAGGCUUUUUCCUUUCACAAAAUCUCCCACUUGGGUUAAAUAGUUUAUGCUUCAAUUGGGUCAGCUCAGAAGGCUUUUCCAUCAUACAGCUUAUCAUUCCCCUUUGUUCUCUGCACAAAACAACUCGCUUUUGACACUGUUUGUGAGACUAGCUGUACAAAGGCAAAAAGAGAGAUUUUUGAAACUUAUUUGAGGUGUCACAGUGUUGAAUCUGCUAAAGUUCUCCAAUCCAGUACCUCAUGAAGAGGUUCAGUAGCUCAGAUUCCUUGGGUGCUCUUAUCUCCAUCUGCCCACCAAAAGAUCAUGCAGGCCUUGUUAAUAUUGAGGAGAGAAAAGUAAAAGAAAGUCAUGGUUAUAGCAAAGAAUUCCAGGCAAUGUUGGACAGUUUAGACCAAGAAGACUCUGUGGAAGAAUUCACUGGCAAGAAAAGGAGAUUAAGCUCUGAUCAAGUUAAGGCCCUCGAGAGGAACUUUGAGAUUGAAAACAAGUUAGAGCCAGAGAGAAAAGCUAAAUUAGCAGAGGAAUUGGGCUUGCAACCAAGGCAAGUAGCUAUUUGGUUCCAAAACCGAAGAGCUCGUUGGAAGACUAAGCAAUUGGAGAGAGAUUACAACCUCUUGAAAACCAACUAUGACGCUCUGAAUAUCAACUAUGAAAAUCUUCGGCAACAAAAUGAAGCUCUAAAUGAAAAGAUUAGACAGUUGAAAGCAAAAGUAUGCAGAGAGAGUGCAGAGAGCAAUCCAUCUGUCAAAGAAGAAGAAUCACCAACUUCGAGGUGUGAGAUCGAAAGCAGUACAGCUUUGGAUCACAGAAAGAACAGUGAUGUUCAGGACAAUAGCGACAAGACAGGAUCUGAAAUGUAUGGAAAUAUGAAGCUGUUCAAAGAUGGGUCAUCUGAUAGUGAUUCAAAUGGAAUUAUCAUCAUGAAGGAAGAGAGCAACGCUAACUUCUCCCUUGGACUUAAUGGGUCAUUUUCUUCAUCAAAUUCAGCAACAACAAAUUGGUUUCAGAUUUCAGAAUCCAGACCAUCAUCAUUCCACCCAGUUAAAGUUUGUCAAACCCAGUUCAUGAGGAUGGAAGAGAAUGGUCUUUUUAGUAAUGAAGAGUCUUGCAAUUUCUUUUCAGUAGAUCAAGCUCCAACCCUCCAUUGGUACUUCCCUGAGCAGUAAAAAUAAAUAAAUAAAUAAAUAGUUUGAACGUUAA